CUGCUUCUAACAAAAGAAUCGAAUAGUUACGCAGUAGAGUCCGGGUCCAGCUUCAUCUCCAUCCCCAUCUCCAAUUCCGAUUCCAAUUCCAGCUCCAGCUCCAGCCUCAGCUCCAGAAGUAUCCAUGCAUUUGUGUAUGUUUCCAUUCCACGCACGUUGAUUGCGUUGCCACUGUGACUGCAUGCACUCAACCCGUCCCAAUUCAUCCACACUCUUACGGGUACGCUCUUAUCAUGCUACUCCCUACUUCGUACUCUCCAUACAGCACAGCGUAUAGUGACCCUCGCCACCGUCGAUGCGCUUGUGCUACCACGCACAUGCAAUCCGAAAAGAAGAUAUGCAUCUUUUUGUCGCUGCGAACAAAAGAAGUAUUCAUGCCAAUACCAAUAUCGUCAGGCCAACUGCUUGUCCUAUCCCGCUUCCGGUCGGCGGCAGUGGUAGCUCCAAAUCCCCGCCACUCCCAUCAUCCUUAUCCCCCAUUCCUCAUUCCUUGCCAACCACAGACAUCCUAUUCUACACAGCACGGAAUACUCCAUCCCAUCCAUCCAUCCCAAUCUUUGCGUCCCCCGCACUGCACCUGUGUCAGUGCUCUGCUGCUGGUGCUGCUGCCAUGUCGCGCUCUAUCAAGCUUGCCCUGUUCACAUCUACGAGUCCCGAGUACACACCUAGGUAGUUAAAACCCAUUCUCCUGUACGGAGUCACCGACGAGCAUAGUAUCAACAACUCAGAUACGUGCCAAUAUAGAUGCAAAUACGAAAUGCCUCCUGUCCACG